AUGGAACGAAGAUUAAAGGAAGUACAGACUAAACUAGUGGAAAAAGAUAUUCCGUCCACCCUCACUUAUGGUGGGAGUGGAGUAUCUGGUAAGCAAGCCCCACUGACCCACACUUCCCGUUCUCCCCUCGGUUAUAUUAUUCAAGUCCCUGGCCCCUCCACAUCACGUUAUACCCACCGUGAUGAUACCCUCUCUGAGGAUGAGCCUGUCCCCUCUGUCGAAAAUCAAGGAUCACAUCGCUCUACUUCCAUUCCUGCACGAUCUUAUCGUACUGUUAGUUUCACAUUUACACCAGAUACAGGAACGAAUAUCCGUUGUGAGAAAGCUCACAAAGCUACCUCUGCCUUGCACUCCUCUUUUCGACAACUCCGAGUCCCUGACCUGGUCAUGAAACUUUCAGAUAGCCAAGCUCCUGGUUUCCGGGUGCAAGCAUGGGACAAGAUGGUCACACAUACUCUACGGAACUACCACGCUCACUUUCUAUCUAAUGAUCAUUGUUGUACAUGGAUUUACAAUCAAACCGAAGGAUGGUUAUGUAGUACCCUGGAACCUCUCUACUUGGACAAUAAAUACAAUGUUUAUGACCUCAUUCAGCAAGUAGUUUCUGUUAUGCUAGACCCCUCUGCAAUUCGAAUAGCCAAAAUCAAAUAUAACUCUCUUGUUAUGUUACCCAGGGAAAGGUUUUUCGAUUUCUAUUCCAAGUUUCGUGAUUUUGCUGCUCAGGCAGAGAUCCUUGAUAAUAAACGUUUCUGUAAUGACCUAUUCGACAAGGCAGCAUACCGCUUGACAAGUACUUCUGGCCACGAGUUCGCACGUUCCACCACAGUUGGUGAAUAUGCCGAAGUCCUAGGCAACCUCGAUGUCGCCUAUCAACGACUUGCUGCAACCCAUGCUCUCCGUCCUCACCACUCUCUUCAGGGCACUCGCCCUACCCAAUCACCUUCCACUUCCAGUGCUGCAACACCUCGUAGCAGUACCCCUGGAGUAUACAACAGACCUGCGGCACCCUCUGGCAUGCCUUACCGCUCGCCCUCUGCCGCACCUGUCCUCACUCCACGACACUUUUCAAGUGGACCCCCUCCUACUCCUUCCUCUGGUUUCAGACAAGCCACUCCUCAAUACACACCUCGUACCUCUGCUGUCAUCAAUGAAAUUGACGACGAGAUGAAUCCCGAGUUGGAUAUUGAAGAGUUCGAUAACGAAUAUGGUGGUCAAGAAAUUGACCAAAUUGACCAAAUCGACCAAAUUAACCAGACCAAGGAUUUUCUACCUCAUUCCGGAGCCAACGGUUAUGCUUUAAUUGACCAGAACCUGGUAAAGCAUCUUGACUACCGUACAAAACCAGUCACACGAAAGCUACCGACUCCUAUACCUAUCAAAGGGUAUAGUGGCAUUGUCGGUUCACACGUUUCUUAUGUUACUUACUUUACUUUAAUAAUCGAUAAACGCAUUCAGCACUGUCGUCGCCAACAACUUCAGUGGUGUGCAGACUAUCCUCCUACGGCAUCUUAUGCCAAGUACUUUUACAUCGAUCCUCAGACUAUACAUCUUCGCGAUACCAUCAACAGAAAACAUCAGCAAGAUGCUAUUCGACGAGAUACAGCAAUCGAUGGUGAAAACGCCUCCAAGGUCUUCCUCUUGAGAGAGUCUCUUGUCAUCGCCCUGACCAAUCAGAUCGCUUCUAGCCUUGGCGCCACCAGGCUAGCCGAUACCUCAUUAGCCAGUGCACAGAUCAAGAAGAUCAGAAUCAUCUCCUUGAUCUCGAUCUCCGACCUCCCUUGUGCAAAAGUACCUUUAAACAGGAGAACCUUUGAUAAAUCCCUGGGCUAUGACCUUACCCGAAUGUCAAAAGACCUCAGAGAACCCUCCUCGAGUUCUCCGACACCUACAAUUCGAAGAAAAUGUCCGAUUUCGCCAAAUUCACGAUUCCCAUCUACAGUGAAAUCAUUAGACAUCCACGAAAUCUCAGUUCACGCCUUCGAAAUUGCCUGUACCAGGUCCCCAGAGAACGAACUGUUCACCCGCACUUUUCAGGAAGUAAAUUCAUUGCUUGAUCAAAGACUCUUGGAACAAGACAGAGAAGUUGAGAUAUCCAUUAUUGAAAAGGUUUUUGCAAGAACUAACCGGAAUCUCAACGAAUCUGCCUUAAAGUUAUUGGCUACACUUACUCCAGGAGAGCCUCUUGUUUCUGAUAAGUAUACCUCCUUUCACGACGUCUUCAGCAAGCAGGAAUCGAACAUUUUGCCUCCUCAUCGCACUUACGAUCAUACCAUCACUUUCGAGAACUCAACCAAGACUAGCUUAGGCUACUCACCUCUCUAUAAGAUGUCUAUCGACGAGCUUGAGGCAGUCAAGACCUAUCUGACUGACAAUCUGGCAAAAGGAUUCAUUGAACCUAGUCAAGCACCAUUCGCCGCCCCUAUUCUGUUUGUCAAAAAAGCAGAUGGUAGCCUACGAUUGUGUAUUGACUAUCGCAAACUCAUUGCCCUGAUACGCAAGGAUCGCUACCCUCUCCCCCUGAUCGACGAGACCCUCGCACGUCUCCAAGGUGCUAAGAUUUAUACGAAACUUGAUAUUCGUCAAGCAUUCCAUCGUAUUCGUAUGGAUCCCCAAUCUGAAGAGUAUACUACUUUUCGUACACGAUAUGGAUCCUACAAAUGUAAAAAGGUCCUCACACGCCUGCGCGCUGCCGGCCUACAGGUAGAUCUCAAGAAAUCCGAAUUUGACGUUACCCACACCAAGUACUUAGGAUUCAUCAUCUCCACCAGUGGUGUAGAAGUUGAUCCCGACAAAGUGGCGGUUAUACAUAACUGGCAAUACCCAGCUACCCUGAAAGGAAUACAAUCCUUCCUUGGUUUUUGCAAUUUCUAUCGACGAUUUAUAUCUAGCUACAGUGUCAUUGCCUCUGCUCUAGUGAACCUCACUCGAGCCAAUGUCCCCUUUUCUUUCACGAAGGAAUGCAUGAAUUCUUUCGAUACCCUACGAGAGCAACUUACCUCUGCUCCCCUGCUACAGUACUAUGACUACAAUUUGGAAAGCAUGCUUGAAACAGAUACCUCUGAUAGCGUUAUUGCCACUACUAUACUUCCCGCCGAACUCAAUUACCCUGUUUAUAACAAAGAACUGACUGCUAUAGUCAAGGCCUUUGGUCAUUGGAGAUCCGAACUGAUAGGAUCACGCUUUAAUGUGAAGAUAUUCAUUAAUCACAAAGCAUUGGAGUACUUUAUAACCUCCAAACAGCUUAAUAAUAGACAAGCCCGCGUUGCCGAAUUUCUUGCCGACUUCAACUUCCUCAUUAUAUAUCGUCCUGGCAAAGAGAACCCUCUAGCUGAUGCUCUCUCUUGCAAAGACGACAACAUAGAAGUCACAAAUAAACAAAAGAAAGAACAACGUAUACUACUACUAUUCAUACAAGAUCAGUUUGAUCCCCGUAUCCGAAUACUCCUGGAAUCCCCCGAUAUUGUUGCUCUUGAACACGUCAAACCAUUCAUCAAGACAAUAGAUCGUAUACUACAUCUCAAUAAGAUCUCCGAGACCCUCCAUGCUUUAUGCAAAGAGGCCUUGAAGGCCUUUUCAGAUGAAGACAAGAAAUCCCUAUAUACUAUGAUAGAUGAUCUUUUGCUUUACAAUUAG